AUGAGCGUCGCCGGCUCACCCGACGCCGGCACGCGCCCCAUGCGGAGCGUGUACAUGGCGCUUAAGAUCCCGGCGACGACGGCCAUCGGGGACCGGAACCAGGCCUACAUCGCGGCCAGGAGGUUCGCCGUGCUCGGCUACGAGUGGCAGAUCGACUACCACCCGAACAGCCACUACCCCUACCACCGCCGUCGAGGAUGGGUGAAGCUCCGCAUCACCCUCGUCGGCACUCCUUCCCCGGACGCCGGCGCCGUCACGGCCUCCUUCACCUUCUGCCUGGUGGAUCUCAGACGGACGCUCAGGCCCUUAUGGGAGGUGGCGACCCACUGCCCUAGGUUCCGGCAGGGGAGCUCCGAGGAGGUCAUGCUCGUGUCCCGGGCCGCGCUGGAGGCGUCGGGCUACAUCGGCCGCGACGACAACUUCUUCGUCCAGUGCAAGGCCCCGUACGCCGGCGACAAAGCCGUGGUCGUCCAUCCCGGCGACCUGAGUCACGACCUCGACCACCUCCUGCAGAGCGAGAACGGCGCGGACGUCACCUUCGUCGUCGGCGUCGAGUCGUUCCGCGCGCACCGGUGCGUGCUCGCCGCACGGUCGCCGGUCUUCGCGGCCGAGCUCGCCGGUAGCCUGAUGGACGAGGAGCACGAGGUAAAGGACACGGACGCGGACGCCUUCCGGGCCCUGCUUCGCUUCAUCUACACGGACGCGCUGCCGCCACAGCUCGAGGAGAUGGAACUCCGGAAGAGGACCAGGAAGCCUGAAGGUGACCAGAAGGCUGUGUCAAUGGCGCGCCGUUUGCUUGAGGCCGCCGACCGGUACGGCGUGGAGCGGCUCAAGGUCAUCUGCGAGGAGAAGGUGUGCUCCAGCGUCGGCGUGGGUACCGUCGCGGAGGAUCUGGUCUUGGCGGAGCGGCGCGGAUAUAAGAAGCUCAAGGACAGGUGCAUGGAAUUCCUGGUGGCCAGCCCGGCGGAUAUGCUCACGGUGGCGGCGGCCGGCGGGUGCAAGCUUCUCGAGGCGACCUGCCCCUCGGUUUUGACUGAGAUCCUCACGGCUGUCGCUGCUAGGAGCUGCCGACUGGCACUGGGAGGAGGUACACAUAGUUAA